AUGGCUACUAAACUAUUAGAGAAGAGAAUGUAAUACUUAAAAGACUUUAAAGAAGAGGAGAAAAAAUUAGAGGAGAAGAAAAAGCAAAUGCAAGAAGAAAUGAAGGGUGGAAACUAUAAAAUUAAGCCUUAAGAUAACUUUUAAGAUAUUGAUGUUGUUCCAACUUCUCAUGAACUCAUAUCAGGUCAAUAACCUUUUCUUAGGCAAAUGCCUGUUAAAGGAGACUUCGAUGAUACUCAUGAUUACCUAGAUAUCGUUUACAGGUUGCUUAGAGAGGAUGCUAUAAGACCAUUGAGAGAAGGAAUCGAUGUUAUGAAAAGGUUUAAACCUUAGUAAUCCCCAGAGCUUAAUAACUACUAACAAAUCAAACAGUUGAAUAGAUAGUUAAGAGAAGCUGGAGUGAGACUUUACCAAAGUGCUUAUCUGCAAUACUUGUCUUUUACUAGAAAUAGUCCUGAUGUUGCAAUUACUCUAAGAAUUUAUGAGAAAGGAAGAUAGAAUUGGAAUGCUAGUAAAAGAUUACUACCUGGCUCAUUGAUGAUAUUAAGCAAGGAUAAUUUUAAGACUCUUAACUUCUUCUUGGUAUGUGACAGAGAUGCUUAGAAGAUGGCAAUCACCUCCUCCAAGUACAAUUAUGUUGAAAUAAAGGUUCAGCAUAUAUCAAAUGAGAUUUCUUAAAAUAGAGUGAUAGAACAGUUUGAUUCUGAUGAUAGUGAUGAUGAUUAAUAUAUGAGAUAACUUUACAGUGAAAGAGAAUCUCCAGUUCUAGAUUUUUAUCUUUAGCAUAAAGAAAACUAGCUUAAAAUAAUUGAAUCAACUGCUUAUUUUGAAUCCUACAAUCAUGUACUUAAAAAAUUAAAGUUAAUUGAUAAAUGGGAAAACCUUCCCUUUGCAGAUUAUUUAACCGGCUAAAUAAAGAAAGAUAUUCAGCAACCAAUCAUUUUUUAGUAACUUUAAGAUUAAAAUAAAAGGGUAAAGUUUCUUGAAGCUAUUACUAAAAGCAUACAAAAAGCCAACUUCGAUAAAAACUAAGCUGCUGCUCUAAAUACUUGCAUGUUUAAAGAGCUAGCUAUUAUCCAAGGUCCUCCUGGAACAGGUAAAACUUAUGUAGGUGAGCAUUUUGUUAGAAUCUUAAUGGAAACAAAAUAAUUUUGGAAAAAAGAGAAAGGUCCAAUACUUCUAGUCUGCUAUACAAAUCAUGCAUUGGAUCAAUUUCUAAACCUGAUUAAAAAAUAUACAAAAAAUUUUGUAAGAAUGGGAGGCCGAAAGGAACUAUCAAAUUCAGUUAAACCAGCUUGGCUUGAUAAACUGCUUCUCAAAGAAUAGAGAUGCUAAAGAUAUUUUAGUUAAUAUUGCGAUAGAAUUCAAUCAUUUAGUAAAAUUUCAUCUCAGUAAAAUAUUUUCAAGACCAAGAUUUGA